ACAUGGAAAGAGGGUGGAGAGAGAUUGGCAGAGUGACUUUCAGACUUCAGUGGUCAUCCAGGAGCCAAGAGUGUGUAACUAGUUUCCUGAUGAACACAAGAACACAUCUGGUCACUCACAAUCUGCCUUUGACCUAUUUCAGGUCCAAGUCUCUCAUUAUAGACUGAGGAAAAAAAAUAUCUAACUCAGAGGACAAAUGUGCUCUUCUUGAAUGCUGUUUAAUAGGGGCAGAGGAUGAACGAUUAAAUACACAGGAAAGUUUGAUUGAAGAAAGGAAGUGGAGAGGAAGCCAAUGUGGAGACCAUGUGAAGAGAACUCAGGAGAAGGAAACUAAAAGGGAAAAGGAAACCGUAAAAUAUAAAGCCAACGGGAACAAGGAGAGGGAGAUUGAUCUAUUGCCGAGAAAAGUUCUCUUCAGGAAUUCUUCACCACCAAGUUCCGGAGCAUGGAAAGGAUACAGCAGAUGCAGCUGGUGUGACCUUUCUGAACCAGAUGUUCAGCCUAAUGACAGCCUGGGCCCAGGUGCUGAUGGCCUCUGGCCUGGUUUAUUUCAUCCAGCUUCCUGGGGCCAGGAGUGAGGAGAACUGUGUCAACACUGAACAUUGCCUGACUACUGACUGGGUGCAUCUCUGGUAUAUAUGGUUACUGGUGGCAGUUGGUGCACUGCUUCUCCUGUGUGGCCUGACUUCAGUGUGCUUCCGCUGCUGCCUGAGCCGUCCAGAAAAUGGGGAAGAUGGGGCCCCGCCGCCUUAUGAAGUGACUGUCAUUGCUUUUGACCACGACAGCACUCUCCAGAGCACCAUUACAUCUCUGCAGUCCGUGUUUGGCCCUGCAGCUCGGAGAAUCCUGGCAGUGGCUCAUGCACACAGCUCCUUGGGCCAGCUGCCUUCCUCUGUGGACACACUCCCAGGCUACGAGGAAGCUCUUCGCAUGAGCCGCUUCACAGUGGCAAGGUGUGGGCAGAAAGCUCCUGAUUUACCCUCCGUCCCAGAGGAAAAGCAGCUGCCUCACACAGGGAAGCAAUCUCCAGGGACAGAACCCCCAUCGCACUGAUGGGGAUACUGAUGCUAUUCCUGAUAUUCAAAGCAUCAUCAGAUCUGGAAAGAUCCCAAGAUACAUGAAAUGUUUUCUUUUAGACCAUCCAGAAAGGCUCAGGAUGCCACCUAGACAUUUUCAGUGAACAAGGUGGGGUCUCACUCUUCAUUCACAACAACAUGCUUUUUCUGAUACACACAUUUCUAAUUGAGUUCUAACUCGUUAUUCAAAGUUCAAAGCUUGCGACUCACCUUUAGCUAUAUUGAUCACUACCAAAGCAUCAAGGUAUCUUGAAUUCCUUCAACUAUAGCAUGCAUAUAAAGUUUCUUUAACCCUACAAUCCUGCAAAUUGCUCUUCCCUCUGCUUGACUGUGGUAAUCAUGAAGGGAAACACACUUUGUGCACAGCCACUACCAUCAGUGCACCAAAUCCAUGCACCUUUCCUUUUAGGGAACAACCACCAUUAUGCUGAACAACCUGGUACACCAUAGAAUCCCCACCUGGACUUGCAGAUUGCCCAGCCCGGGGUGCUGAUAUGAGUGAGAGACUAUACUACAGUAUGUGCCACAUGUCAAAAACCUUUCUAUCAGUUUAGUCUUACCCAUAAGAGUGAAACAUUGUAUAGAGUACAGAAGUGGUCCUAGCAACUUUUCAGUGCUUUGUCCUGCACACACACACACACACACACACACACACACACUUUUUAGGCUCUGAAAAAAAGCAUUCCUCUGCUUCUUUCCUUCUUGUUCUCAGGAUGGAAAGCCUUCACCAUGUCAAGUCUAGAGUGACUCAACCUGGCUCUUGAGGUGGAUCUUGCUGCCACCUAAUGGAACAAUAAUUAAAAAUUCACUCACUCCGUUGAGGUCUGUGCUCCUUUCCAAUUCUCAGUGCUAUCCUAACUAAGCCUGGAUCUUCUUCUGAUGGCAUAUACCAUCAAAAGCGAGUGCCAAGCUAUCCUGGUGAUGUACCAUCCUCCACACUACUGUCAUUACUUACCAUCAAAGCAGUGAGAUGUAUUCUGGAAAAAAAAACUGCUUAGUUACUCAAAUCCUGGAAUAAUCAUUUUCUCCUUUGUAAAUUAGACAUCAUUGUGCACAUCCAAGAACACAUAUACCCCAGGCACGAUUUGUAAAACAUUCCGUGUGUCACGUGUUAUUCUUCCUGUUGUCAUCUGCUCUUCAGUGGCCUGUGGUAACUUCACUGAGCAUUAUGUUCUGGUUUGUCCUUUUGCCCGUCUGCUGUGUUAUUGUAAAACCAUAGCUAAAGUGCCUUUAUUUUAUCAAUAAAAAUGUCUUGAUUGAGAUAAACAGAAAAACAAAACAAAACAAACAACAACAACAAACACCUAAGGAUUCCUAUGAACACACUUUGCAGAGAAAACUGUUUUGUACGUGACUAACUGGGGUGCCCUGGGGAGAUGAUUAGAUGGGGGGGGCUGAUUAGUGCUGCACCUCAUUAAAUACUUUCUUGCAAUGUUCACUGAAGCCCUGAGGGAAAAGCACUGUAAGUGAGUGUGAUCUGCUAGUGAUUAGAACUCCUGAAUCACAGAUCAGAGUGCCUGGGCAAGCUGGUGAGCAUACGUUGUUAGCAUAGGUUUUACUUUACCACCACCAAGAAAGUCAUUCUGCAUUCCACAAAAUCGGCUUCACUUUCUUCACCUUCAAUUACUCAUCUUUUCUUUUGAGAUGGUACUUUGAUAUAUAUACUAGGGCAGUCUCCCAGUUUCUAUGAUGCCAAGACUUGCCUUGACCUACCAAUUUCCUGCCUAACUCUGACUCUUUUAUUAUUAUUAUUAUUAAAUUAUUUUAUUUAUUUACAUUCC